AGUUCAGCUUGUGCCUUCCAGGCGUGAUCGUCCCUGGCUGCAGGAGAGCAGCAAAUGGCCACAGCACAUCGGUGUCAGGAGCCCGUGAGCUUUGCGGAGGUGGCCGUGUAUUUCAGCAGGGAGGAGUGGGCGCUGCUGGACCCUGCGCAGCGAGCGCUCUACCGGGACGUGAUGCUGGAGACGUACCAGUGCGUGGCCUGGCUGGCUCCACUUCCAGGCCCCAAACCCGGGCUGAUCUCCCUGCUUGAAGGAGGGGAAGACCCCUGGAUCCCAGAUGUGCGUAGCCCGGAGGCCGUGCCAGGAGACCUGAGCCCAGGAACUGGGAUUACAGAUAUACUGGAGGAUGUGCAGGAAAGUGGUGUGGCCGAAAGGCGGUGGGGUAGUGCCUGUGUGGGAGAAAUCAGAAGGGAUGUCCCAGGAGGCCUGGAGCAAGGUCAGGGUGAGCACAUCAAGAAGGCACUGGGAGAGCAUGUGGAAGAGAAAGGAAGGAGCCCACUGGACUUCAACAUAGGUGAAAAGCAGGCGGAAGGACCCAGGAGCAAGGAUGUGUGUCUGAUAAAAAAGCAGAAUCCAUGCAGUGCGUGUGGGAAAAGCUUGGAAAUAGAUUCCAGUGUCAUUAACCACCAGUGCAUGCACGCAACGAAGAGCCUGUACAAGUGCUCUGAGUGUGGGAAGAACUUCGAACAGAGAUCCAAACUGACACGCCUCCAACGCAUUAACGCAGGAUGGAGGCCCUACAUGUGCUGUGAGUGUGGGAAGAGCUUCAAAAGCAGUUCCCACCUCACCUGCCACCAACGCAUCCACACAGGAGAGAGACCUUUUAAAUGCCCUGAGUGUGGGAAGAGCUUCAAAAGCAGUUCCCAUCUCUCCUGCCACCAACGCAUCCACACAGGAGAGAGACCCUUUAUGUGCUCUGUGUGUGGGAAGGGCUUCAAAAGGAGUUGUGAAUUGAAGGUGCACCAGCGCAUCCACACAGGGGAGAGACCCUACAAGUGUCCCGUUUGUGAGAAGAGCUUCAAAAGUAGUUGUGAAUUGAAGCAGCACCAGUUCACCCACACAGAAGAGAGACCUUUUCAGUGUCCCAAGUGUGGGAAGAGCUUCAGCAGAAGAUCUGCGUUAAAGCUGCACCAGCGCAUCCACACAGGGGAGAGGCCCUACAAGUGCUCUGCCUGUGGGAAGAGCUUCAAAAGCAAUUCAGAACUGAAGCUGCACCAGCGUACCCACACAGAGGAGAGACCCUACAAGUGCUCUGAGUGUGGAAAGAGCUUCAAAAGGAGUUCCCACCUCACCUGCCAUCAGCACAUCCACACAGGAUAGAGACCCUUUCAGUGUUCUGCGUGUGCAAAGACCUUCAAAAUCUGUUCUGAACUGAACCUGCAGCAGCGCAUCCAUACAGAGGAGAGACCAGUUCAGUGUCCCGAGUGUGGGGAUAUCUUCAAAAGAAGAUCCGAGUUAAAGCUGCACCAGCGCAUCCACACUGGGGAGAGGCCCUGCAAGUGCUCU